AUGCUUCUUAAUGUUUUUGGCUCGGAAUUGCUAGAACUCGACGAUAAAAUGAAAGGUCGGUAUAUUUUGGUGAACAAGAAACACGAGGGCGUCCUUAGCAACUUGGACAUGAUGUGUCGCGAAGAAGAAGCCGGCCCUUCUUUCUUUUUCUUUCUUUCUUUUUCUCUUUUUCUUUCUUUCUUUUUCUCUUUUUCUUUCUUUUUCUUUUUUUUUUUCUUUCUUUUCAUUCAUUCUUUUCUUUCUUUCUUUUUUUUUCUUCUUUUUUCUUUCUUUCUUUUUUCUUUCUUUCUUUUCUUUCUUUCUUUCUUUCUUUCUUUUUCUUUCUUUCUUUUUCUUUUCUUUUAUUUCUUUCUUUCUUUUAUUGGUUUUUUCUUAAAUAUAUCUUUCUUUUUUCUUUUUUCUUUUCUUUCUUUCUUUUCUUUCUUUCUUUUCUUUCUUUCUUUUUUUUCUUUCAUUUUCUUUCUUUUCUUUUACCUUUCUUUCGAUUUUCUUUCUUUCUUUUUCUUGGUUUUCUUUUUCUUUUCUUUCUUUUCUUUCUUCUUUCUUUCUUUUAUUUCUUUUCUACUUUCUUUUCUUUCUUUACCUUCCUUACUUUUCUUUCUUUUCUUUUUUCAUUUUUUCUCUAUUUUCUAUUUUCAGUUCUUUCAUUUAUUUCUUUCUUUUUUCUUUCUUUCUUUUUGUUUCUUUUUAAUUAGAGAGAGAGACUUUCUUUCUUUGGAAAUCUUUCUUUUUCCUUUCUUUCUUUUUCUUUUUAACUAUUUUCUGAUUAUUAAAUAUUUGUUUCUUUUCCUUUAUUUUCUUUCUUUCUUGACGUCGACAUUUUUUCUUUCUGAAAAACAUCUUUUUCUUUCUUUCUUUUCUUUCUUUCAAAAUAGACUUUCUUUUCUUACAAGAUCUUUUCAUUCUUUUCUUUUUUCUUCCAGAAUUUCUUUUCUUUCUACCUUUUCUUUCUUUCUUUUCUCAGCUUUCUUUGAUUUUUUUCCAAACGCACUUUCAUUUUUUCUUUUCUUUUUUAGGGCCCUUCUUUCUUUUUCUCUUUUUCUUUCUUUCUUUUUCUCUUUCUUUCUUUUCUCUUUCUGA